GCGGGGCUGGGCGGCCCGGGGGGUGACGGGAAGGGAGGCCGGCCCGGCGCCGCCCAGCCCCGGGCUCCGGGCGGGAAGUGGGAGAGCGCGGCGGUGCGGGGCGCGCGGGCGACGGGCCAGCGGGAUGGGAGCGGGGCCCCUCCGCGGCCCGCAGCCUCGGGAGCCACGCUGAAGUCGGGGGCGGGACCAGCGCGGAGUCGACAUGUGUCUGCGCCUCGGAGGCCUGAGUGUGGGCGACUUUCGGAAGGUGCUGAUGAAGACAGGCCUGGUGCUGGUGGUGCUGGGCCACGUGAGCUUCAUCACGGCCGCACUGCUCCAUGGCACAGUGCUGCGCUACGUGGGCACCCCCCAAGAUGCUGUGGCGCUGCAGUACUGCGUGGUCAACAUCCUCUCUGUCACUUGUGCUAUCGUGGUCAUCACCUCAGGCAUCGCAGCCAUCGUGUUAUCACGCUACCUCCCCAGCACCCCUCUGCGCUGGACAGUGUUUAGCUCGAGCGUGGCCUGUGCUCUCCUCUCUCUGACCUGUGCCCUUGGCCUCUUGGCCUCCAUCGCCGUGACCUUUGCCACCCAGGGCAAGGCACUGCUGGCUGCCUGCACUUUUGGGAGCUCUGAACUACUGCCCCUCGCACCUGACUGUCCCUUCGACCCCACACGCAUUUAUCCAGCCAUCUCUGCCCCAUGCCCCACAGAGCUCCAGCCUGUGCCUCUGGGGCAUCGCCCUAGUGCUCUGCGUGGUGGAGAAUGUGUUUGCUGUGCGCUGCGCUCAGCUCACCCACCAGUUGCUGGAGCUGAGGCCCUGGUGGGGGAAAAGCAGCCACCACGUGAUGCGGGAGAACCCAGAGCUGGUGGAGGGCCGUGACCUGCUGAGCUGCACCAGCUCUGAGCCUCUGACCCUCUGAGAGAUGAUGUCCUGCCCAGGCCCCAUGGCCACUAGCACCCUGCAAGCAACUCUGCUCUGUGACCAGGCCAGGAUUCCUGGAGCUGGCCUGAGAGGGCUCAAUGGACCCUCGGGGACCCAAGUGGGGCUUUCAACCCCUUCCCCCACCAUCCAGCCCACUGCACUGAAAUGAGACUUUAUUCUGAAAUUAUUAAAAAGAACAGAGAUGCUCCA